CUGAUUUUCCCCAAAUUUCGUCAAAAAAUUUACUUUUUCCUAAAAAUUAUUUUUUUUAAAGGAGUUUAUCCUGUGGAAAGAAUCUUGACAUCUUUUGGCGACUUUACGGUCAAAAGAACAAACCACCAAAAUAAAAAAAAAAAAAAACCAGUUUGGAAGAGACAACUUCUCCGAAAUUUACAGUACUUAAAAUCGGUGGAAGUCGUUCAUCGGGACAUCAAAUGCGAGAAUAUUUUGCUCGAUGCUUGCGAAAACGUAAAAAUGACGGAUUUUGGAUUUGCACGAGUGUUGAAAAGUGGCGAAAAAUCGAAAACAUUUUGCGGCUCUAGAGCUUAUUUGGCCCCAGAAAUCAUCAGAGCUCAACCGUACGAUGGGUAUUUGUCGGACAUGUGGAGUGCUGGUAUUGUGUUGUACGUGAUGACCACCGGAAUGAUGCCUUAUGACGAUAAACAUAUUAAAAGGAUGCUCGAAAAACAACUGCAACAUCGGUAAUU